AUGAGUGAUUCACAAAGACAACAACAGCAACAACUACAAUUACAACAAGAGCAACAACAGAGCAAGAAAAAGAAUUGGUGGUGGAAUAAACAACCAAAGCCAGAAUCAAUUCUAUCUCUAGAAGAGCAAAGGGUAUUAAAAAGAGUGAAAUCAAGAGCCCAUUUUCUCGAUAGAGGCGUAUCCUGCUGUUGUUUUCAAGUUGGGUUUGAUGGCAUUAUUGGGUUUAUUCCAGUCAUUGGCGACUUCCUUGGUGUGCUAUUAGCCCUCCAAGUUGUGCAUAUGGCUAUGCAACUUGAUAUACCCAAUGAACUAGUGUCCAAAAUGAUGUUUAACAUCGCAUUUGAUUUUGUUAUUGGUUUAGUGCCUUUGGCUGGUGAUAUACUUGACAUCAUGUACAAAUGUAACACCAAGAAUGCUUUAUUGCUAGAGAAUUACCUAAUAAAGCGUAGAAGGAAAAUAAUGGCCCAUGAUACAACAGUUACUACGUCUGCACCUGUCAUUAAAACGACAAAAUGA